GGGGCCGGGCGGGGGCGCUCGGCGGAGCUGCUGAAAAUGGCUGGGCCCGGGACCGGGGCCGCUGACGGGCGCUCCGCCUUGUUCCUGCUGUUGGCGGCGGCGGUCGGUCCGAGCGGUGCAGGGGCCAAGUAUGUGAGGGGCAAGAUCAACACCACCGAGGAUUGGGUGUUCCUCACCAGAUUCUGCUUCCUGUCCAACCAUGGGAGGCUUCAGUUCCACUUCAAGUAUCCUGAGGCCAACUGUUGCCAGAAUGUUCUGCUGUACUUUGACGAUGCCACACAGUGGCCAGCCAUCUAUCAGAAGCAGAACCUGGACUGUUACGAGAAGGAGUCUGUUCUACGACCAGAUAACAAUCAGGUCAUUAACCUGACAACACGUUACAUCUGGUCGGGUUGUGAGGUGGUGGAGGAGGAGCAGACACGUUUCCUCAGCUGCCUGGGAGGCAGGAGUUUCCGCUCUGUCAGAGAGCGUUGGUGGUACAUUGCCCUCAGCAAGUGCGGGAGCAGUGGGCUGCAGCUUCACUACGAGAUGAAACUCACCAACGGCCACUCCUUCUGGACCCAGGAGUUCUCAGCGGACGAGGCUGGGAUCUUAGAGACAGACAUCACCUUCCUGGGCAUCUUCCUACUUCUCUUCUGCAUCUCCUGUUACUCUGCCCACCUGCUGAAGGCACGACUGCUCCUACAUAUCACCUACAAAAUGUUCCUGGUCGCCACGGGAGUAGAAGUCCUCAGCCUGCUGUUCUUCUGUAUUUACUGGGGUCACUACGCAACAGAUGGAGUCGGUAACCACUCUAUCAAAAUCCUGGCCAAACUGUUAAACUCGGUCAGCUUCCUGGUCUUUCUGCUGCUGCUGAUGGUGUUGGCAAAGGGCUUCACCAUUACCAGGGGCCAGAUUAGCUCCACUGGGUCGGUGAAACUGGCUGUGUACAUGACCCUCUACACUGUCACCCACGCUGUCCUUUUUGUCUAUGAGGCAGAGCUCUUCGACCCAGGGCAGGUGCUCUACACGUACGAGUCUCCGGUGGGAUACGGGCUGAUGGUGCUGCAGUGCGUGGCCUACCUGUGGUUCAGUUACGCUGUCUACAUCACCCUGAAGCAGCACCCCGAGAAACAGGCCUUCUACAUCCCCUUCUUCGCUGCCUACACCCUCUGGUUCAUCGCUGUCCCAGUCACCGUGCUGAUUGCUAAUUUCGGCAUCCCGAAGUGGGUGCGGGAGAAGAUCGUGAAUGGGAUGCACCUGGGCAUUUCUCUGUAUGCACAUGCUGUCUUCUUGGUGAUCACACGGCCCUCGGCGGCCAACAAGAACUUCCCGUUCCAGGUGCGGAGCUGGCAGAUCGGGGCGGCAGGUGGAGGGCAGCUGGCGAUCCCACAGCGGCCCCGCAGGAACAGCGGCGCCAUCGGGACAGACGCCGCCACUGGCUUCACUGAGCUCUUCACCAUCAGGCCCAUCGGCGGCAGCACAGGCACGAUACCGGCCACCAAAGGCAGUGAGGAGACGGAGUUCCCCAUAGAUUGGAUCACCCCUGGGUCCGAACCUCACCCUGGACUCCCUCCCAACAGCCUUCCCUCCCUCUACACAUCCCUGGGGGAAAGCCUCAGUGUACAGGGACUCUGUGGGAAACACAUAUACAGUCGCUAG